AUGAAAUUAUUUACAGAACAUUUCAAUCUGAUUUAUGUCGAUGGAUUCCGACAGUCCGAGGUCAAAACAGGAGAUGUAGAAUACCUACCAAUAGCUUAUACAAGAGCAGUCGUUUCAUCACUGAUAUUCCUAACGGAUGUACCAAAAUCUAUUUUGUUGAUUGGCCUGGGUGGAGCUACCUUCCCAUCAUAUCUAAAGAAACACUUUUCACACUCAAAGAUCGAAGUGGUGGAGUUGUUCCAAGGAAUGGUUACGGUUGCAGAGAAAUAUGGUAACUUCAAACAAGAUGAAAAUUGUAUAGUAAUCAUUGACGAUGCAGCAGAUUUUAUCAAUAAGAAUCACAAUAAGAAACAAUAUGAUUUGAUCAUUCAGGAUGGUUGUUCGAUUGCACCUUGCCCUCUGUUGAUAUUGGAUACUUUCAAGAAACUUUCUUCGAUGCUCACACCCAAUGGAAUCUAUAUACAGAAUCAAAUUGGAAUGGACCCACCCGUUAUAAAAAAUAUCAAAGAUUCAUUCAAGGAUUUCUAUUAUGUAGAAUCAAAAUCUAUCAACCAAGUUAUUGUAGCACACAACAGUGAUAGAAUAUAUACAAAGGAAAACCUAAUACUACGAGCUCAAAUGUAUCAAGCUGCAGAGAAUCCUACUUUCAAUGUUGUCGAAGAAUAUGCAAGGAACUAUAAGCGAUUAACUGAUAUAAUGAUAAACUCUGAAAACUAUUUAGAAUACAAGUGA